UGUGGGGGCUUCACAUGAUGAAAUAAUUAACUCUCACGGAAGUGAUCUAUUUCCCGUCGUCCAAAAAAAGGCUUUCCAUGAUUUCCGGAAUUUCUUUGUGAGUCUAUCGAGUCUGAAUCACUUUUUUAAAAAGUAAUUAUUUUAAGCAUGACUUUUGCUAAAACAGGAAAUCAUGCAGUGUUGUGAAGUAAAGCGGAAAAUCAGCUAUAUGGAAUAAAACAGACCACGAAACAGUUUAUCCCAAGAGGACUUUUUAUACACAAAAAUGCAAUUAACCGUAAGAAAGUUUUUCGAGUUUUGUCCUCGAUGGCGCUGCUAACUCUUCUGGUUUUGGUUUGUGAGUGUCUUUUUUGUUUCCAUCCUCCCGAGAUCGCCUUAAGGUCAAGAAAUAAUUCAUUACUUAGCUAACACUCAGGCGAAGAGGUGACAGAAGGGAAUUUACGUGUGUCAAUUACUUAUUCCUCAUUCGCCACGACUUCGUCGUUCGUGAUAAGAGGUAGAAUACGCUGAAAGCUCAACGGAAACCUCUCUGAUAGGAGAUUUAUCCAUGAAUGCUGGCAGCGAAAAGUGCUUCACAAAGGCAUGUACCAUGACGUAUUUAAAGUACUUGAAUCGGAUUAAAACAAGCUGCUGCUGUUUUAAGUCAGGCUUGACUGAGAAUACAUUUGACGGUCUUUUGAAUUUCUCACAGAGGGCGCAGUAUAGAGUGCUGCGAAAACUAUAGUCAACUAUUCAAUAUCAAAGUAUUCGACAGCGUAAGUGUUGAUCAAAGUUAUCAAGUAAACAACUUCUGGCCACAAACAGGGCAAAAAGUUUAGCUAAAUUAAUGCAGCGUGACUUCCAGACGUUAGCUUAAAUGAAUUUUGAUAAGUCCUUCAUUUGAAAGUGUUUCGUAAGAAAAGCUGAUAGUCACUCAAGUGUAUAGAGAGAUUAUGAAACUUGUUCGUGGUGACAAGUUUAAGUUUGUGCAGAUGUUAAUAAUUAAAAGUUUAUUUUUUUAGUUCUUCAGUGUCAUAUCCUUUGUGAGUAAGAACCACUUCCUAAACUUAAAGCUUGGGGCAGUUAAAGAUUUUUCCAAUCUAUCUGAUAAUUGAUGUUUUUUAAAGAUAUUGUUCUUGCGUGGGAAAACCACCCAAGCGAAGAGGGGCGGAAAUCAAGACUAUUUAAAGAUAUAACUUCUAGACAUUUACCUCUUCAAAACGUAUUGGAUUUGCAAUACAAUAAUCAUAUCGAAUGAAAAACGAAGGGAACAUGGAUUUGGCUUAUGGCAGCAGUACCAGUACCCAGACUUUUGGAAUGGAGUCUGCAGAAAGUAGGACUAUUAAUUUCUCUAAAGAGAAACAGAGGCGGUUUCGUCUCGGGCUGUUGACAAUCAUUUGUGCAGUCUUAUUACUUGCCUGUCUUGCUCUCGCUACGUAUGCGAUCUUGCUCUCGUUUAGGAAAGAAAAAGAUGCGACCAAAGACGAGGUGAAGUAUUGUACUUCGUCCACAUGCUUAGAAGUGGCAGCCGCUGUUAAGAAGAGCCUGAACGAAUCCGUGGAUCCGUGUGAAGAUUUUUAUCAGUAUUCCUGUGGCAGUUGGAUCGAGAACAACCCAAUUCCACCAUCAGAAACAACAACGGCCACUUUUAUAACAGCAGCAAAGAAGAACGAUGAAAGAUUGUUGCUACUUCUGUUAGAAGACGACGAGCUUCCGCGCGAACAUGCCGUGAAGAAAGCGAAGAACUAUUUUAAAUCUUGCAUGACCGAGGACGACGAUAACAACACUGCUACAGUUGUUGAGUUAAAAAGCCUUAUCCGGCGUUUCGGAUCCUGGCCACUAGAUGUGGCCACUUGGAAUGUCUCAACAUGGAGUCUCAAUCACGCUUUAUUGGAAAUCCAUCGUGAUUAUUCUGCUACGACACCCUUGUUUGCGAUGACUGUGGAUGUGAACCCUUUUGAUUCUUCUCGAUAUAUUCUAAAGAUCAAUCCUCCAUCUUUGAGUCUCAUUCGGGAACAGUACUUGACAGAGGAUAACAAGACACGAGUGGCAUACGUGAAUUACAUGACCAAAAUAGGAAAGUUGCUUGGAAGUCCUGAUAGUAAUCAAACAAAAGAACAAAUGGAAAAAGUUUUAGAGCUGGAGGGAAAACUGGCCCAGAUAAUACCUCCGGCGAGCGAAUUGGGAAAGAAUUUCCUGCAAAACAUGAAUAUGACGGAGCUCGAGAGAUUGGCACCUGGUUUCGAGUUCACCUGGUUGGAAUUUAUCAACGAAUUGUUAAAACCUUUCAACGUGUCGCUGAACGCUUCAGAUAUAGUCAUGGUCCCUUCGCCAGAGUAUCUUCGGAACCUCUCCUACAUUGUGAACAACACCAGCAAGGAGACAAUGGCGAGUUACGUGAUCUGGAAUUUUGUUCAAUCUGUUGUUCCCUACAUGUCGCAUGUAUUCCGGUCUGCUUUAUUGGAAUAUCAGAAGGAGACGAUAGGAACCAAAUCUGCUCCUCCUCGAUGGUAUUCGUGCAUCGAGGACGAGAAUGGCUAUUACCAUGGACUGACAUUUGCUUUGGGAUAUAUAUGGAUUUCAAAAGUGUUCGACGUUGAAAUUAUACCAUUUAUUCAAGAUAUGUCAAAAAGAAUAAGGAGUGUAUUUAGAAAUGAAACGUCCCAACUCGAUUGGAUUGACGACGAAACUCGACGAAAAAUUGACGAAAAGGAAGAUGCAAUGAAAUUCCACAUUGGCUUUCCCAAGCUCUGUGCCAACGAAACAUUACUGAACGAGUUUUACAAAGAUUUGAACAUCAGUGAGAAUGAUUAUCUUAAGAACGUCUUGAGUGUGAUGAUAUGGAAAAGGAGAUUGGCCUUUUCAAAACUUAAGACAGCGGUGGACAAAGACCAAUGGUUCACUGGACCUCAGAAAGUUAACGCAUUUUACUUACGAAGCAGGAACGAAAUAAGUAUUUUAGCAGGAAUUCUUCAGCCUCCAUUUUACUACGGACGAAAAGCUCCAAGAUCUAUAAACCUUGGUGGGAUUGGAGUGAUUCUAGCACACGAGUUAUCUCACGGAUUUGACGCCGCUGGGAGAAAGUUCAACGAGAAUGGAGAGGUUGUUGAAGACUGGUGGAGCAGGUCUUCGUCUCAAGGAUUCAAAGAGAGAUCCAAAUGCAUUGUGGACCAGUACAGCAAGUUCUCAGUAGAUGUUGGAGGUGGAAAAAGAGAAAACUUGAAUGGUGAACUGACUUUGAGUGAAAACAUUGCAGACAACGGUGGCAUUCGUAUGGCUUAUUUGGGAUAUAAGGAUUGGCUUAAGAACAAUGCUCCCGAACCUCAGUUGCCUGGCCUGCAGAUGACUCACGAGCAGCUCUUAUUUGUGAGCUUUAGUCAGGCAUUUUGUGCUGCCAUGACUCCAUCAGCGGCCUUCCGCUUCACAAAAGCAAGCGUGCACUCAAUACCACGCUACAGGAUUAUCGGCUCGUUGUCAAAUAUGGAGGAAUUCUCCGAAGCAUUCAAGUGUUCCGCUGGUCGAAGAAUGAAUCCCAAGAAGAAAUGUAAACUAUGGUAAAUCACAGACAUAACGAAUCUGUCUGACACCUAUUAGCAGGUGUUGCAGAUACUAAUUUUGGUUUUUCCUCCUCUCAAUUCUAAACAUGAAUACGGUUAAAUAUCGUUAAUUGUCGCCAUAUCUCCACACCAAAUAUAUCCUUCAAUAUCUUUUACAAUCAAAAGCAAUUCCAAUUAAGAGAAAAGUCGGAUCAAUAUCAGUAUCUGGGCAACUGCCCACUUACCCCUCCCCUAACCCAACAACAGUUAGGGGAGGGUAGGUGGGCAGUUGCCCAGAUAUUGAUAUUGAUCCGAAAAGUCAAAGGUAACUGCAGAUGCAAUAUCUAAAUACGUCUGCAAUUCAAUCAUUAAUGCCACUUGCAAAACGAAGACAGUCAAGCUAAGGAAGAGUGCCAUAUUUUGUAUUUUGUUUUCUUUUUAGAAAAAAGUUAGUUCCACAACAAUUCUGACUGCAGAUUUCGAAAAAAUUUUUACGUAUCCUAAUUCUUAUACACAUUUUAGGUGUAAUUUAGUUCGCAGAUUAAAAUUUAAGAGAGAUAUCUUAACAUGCAGUAAGGAAUUGUGUGAAAAAACGUUGCAAGAAAAACACAGAUCUGACUUUUUCCGGGAUGUUUAUAGUUUUAAAACGAUAUUUUUCGACAUGUAAGAGUAGUUUGAAGAGAGUGUAUUUUAGCCAUCCAAACAAAAUCCCCUUUCUACAUAAAAUAGCAGGACAUAGAGUGCAUGGAUUUUUGUGUUUCGCUGUGUUCAGCGUAUACGGCUCUAAAACAGAGGGGCGGGGGAGGGCAUAAUCCUCCCUAAAAAUUGAGGUGAGUUCGCAUAUUGAUUCAUUUGCCAGGCGAUUGUUGCAUGUUAAAAGAAAGAUGUACGUAACGAAGAUGCUGUAAAAAACAAGUUGUAUAACAAUAAACAAAUCAGUGAGACCCUAUGA